AGGUGGCAGAUUCUCCGAGCAGGCGAGAGAGAGAGAGAGAGAAGGAGAAAGGUUUCUUCGGACAAUGAAACCAUAGAGCCGGCGAAGGGGAGAGCGGCUCCCUCCACCGCAGCGGCCUCGGGCAGCCGCUCUGCCUCGCUGGGCGCUGAGGGGGCUCUAUGGUGCGCGGUGUGAGGGGUUUUUUUCCAGCAACGGCCGGACGGAGGAGGAGGCCUCAGCCGCGGAGAGGGGGGGGGGAAGAGCCAGACAUCAUAAAGAUGCCAAUUGCUAAAGGAAGGACUGUUUCUCACUACUGUGAGUGAACUGGGCUACCCACUGUUCCUUUGUCAGUGACUGGAUUUCAGCCUCCAAGUCAGGAAGUCGUCUUAAACCCUCUGCAGCAGCUGGCCUUGAGGGAGCCCCACCUGCAAAUUGCUCAUGGCCCUGAAGGCAGAAGCUCCACUGGUGGACUACAUCGAGGUCUCUUCCUCCGUUUUACGCUUCAAGGAGAAAGAAAAGGUGGGGGCAGAUUCUCUGCUGCCCGUCCGUGUUCCCCUCAAGCGGGAUCGAGCCCAUGCAAACCUCAUGGAUGAAGGGGAAGGACUGGUUCAAGACACAGUUGCCAGGGAUAACCAAGAAGAACCAGAUGACACCUGGAGGCAGGAGUACUUAAUAGGUGAGAGCUCUGGACACAGCCGUCUGGUGUGCAUGGUAUGCGGUGGAACCUUGAACGCGUCAGGCCCAGCAGCGGCUCGGAAACACAUCCUGCAGCACCAUGCCCAUUCCUUGGACUUCAGCCUGGAAGAAAAAUGCAACAUUCUGGAAGCUUGGAGCGAAGGAGCCGUCCUUCCCAACGUGGAGUCACAAAAGUCUCCUAAAGGCAGUCCUGACAAGAGUAAGCGGCCAGCUGAAAUCGAAGUCCUCCUUGAUUCGGAGGAGCAGCCAUCUAGUCGGAAACGUGGGCACCCGAAAGCGCGCAGUGAGGGGGCACGCUCCGACACCGAGCGGCGAUCGCAAGGGCGGCAGAGGCAGCACAGCUUGGGCAGCGUGAAAGACACGAAGAGCAAGGAGCCCAGCAAAGUGGCUGGGAAGGAAUGGCUCUCUGAGUGCGGCGUACCCGGUUCAGCUCCGGCAGAAAUCCGAAUAUUCACCGAUGGUACCUUCCCGGCUGGCUUUGCCUUAAAACUGUAUUGCCAUUCUCAGCCAGAACCACCUCAAGACUCUGGAGUGAAGGCAAGGAAGCAAACCGUGGAUCGCAACUGCUCUGUGUCUUUGCUGCGACUUCACUCCACAGAUUCUGCCCGGCACCUCUGCCCAAGCCAGGAUGUCGCCUCGUGCCCCCUUGGCAACUCUGCCAGGAGCAAUGCCAAAGACUGUGGUGCCAGAUCAAGCCGGCGGGUGGUGAAGGCGGGCAAGGAAGAUGCCCCCCUUCUGGCCAAGGGGUUCAACCCCGCCUGGAGAGCCCGCUUCCUUAUGGACUUUGACGCCACUACCGGCCACUUGAUGUGUAUGGUCUGCGAGUCCCCACUCAGGCAGGUCGGCCUGGCCACGGUCAAGCAGCACAUUCUCCAGUGCCACGCCGAGACCCUCCAUCUGCCCCGGGAGGUCCGCCGCACCAUCCGUGAAGUCUGGGAGAGUCGGGGCCAGUCUUCCAUGCAAGCCCCAAGGAAGUGAAAGGCUGGCUGUUCACCCUUUACCCCACCACCACCACCACCACUGUGGGGCAGCCUCGUUUCAACCUGCUUCCCUCUUCCCACGUUUUCACUCUCCACCCAGUGGCCACGUUGGCUUGGGGACCAUGGGUGCUGUAGUCUAGCCAAGCUGAAGGGAGGCACCAGGCUGGGAAAGAUUGACAGUGUGGUCUGUGAGAGAGAAUUAGCCACCCCAGACCUGCAGUGGUUUGCAGCUGGAUGGAGAAGGAUUACCGUGUUCAGUUCUAACUUGGGUUCAGUCCUUCACCUGUUUAGAUGCCCCCUUCCAGAGACUGACAAUUUCUUCCAUUGGUUUGUCAUC